GUUUCAGUGCAGGCCGAGCUCAACACACGUUCUGUAUGCGGUCAAGCAACGCGCACAUCGGGGACUCUUUAUAUAUAAGGAGAUCUUACGAAACCGUUAGCACAUUCGGACUAUAGCCUGUCCAGGAAAUCACCUCCCUUGCUAUAGCUCUCAUUGGACGACUCAAGAUGCUGUUAAUAAUGGUCACAGUGAUGCUUGCUGCAAUACAAAUAACGAGUGCUAGUCCUAGUAUUGAAAAUCAACCUAGACCCCAAGUGAUAACUUACGAUAUGGAUACGGAAAAUAUGCCAAAUUCUUACAAUUUUCACUACGAUAGCAGUGAUGGAUCUUCCAGAGUAGAGGAAGGGCACAUGGUAGAUACAGGAAAAGGCGAUAUGGCAUUAGACGUACAGGGAGCCGUCCGUUGGUAUGAUGAGAAAGGAAACCACUACGAAAUGACGUACAAAGCGGGAAAAAGAGGCUACAGGACAGUUAUCAAGAAAAUAUCUUAGAAUAUAAAAAAUAAAACUAAAAUUAGACUGGA